UGAGGUUGCUUUUGACUUUCUUCCUUCCCUUCCACCGGCUGACAUCCGAUUCAGACUUCAAACUAAUUUUCUGUUUUCCGGCGAUAAUUUCGUAAAGGUCUGUGAUAUAUCCCAGCGGGCUUCCAUGGCUGCGCCGGGGACGAACAGGAAGAUCUCCGCUGCGUCAGCGAGGGCUCACACCCGAAAGAAGCAGAAGGGAUCAUCCUUCGUCAUCAUAAGUGGAAUUGUUUCAAAGCUAUUAGUGGUUUUACUCGUGGGAGUUUUGGCAUGGUCGUAUAAUGCAACCCGGCCUCCACCACCUAAUAUAUGUGGAACAACAAAUGGUCCUCGUGUAACAUCGUCAAGAAUUAAGCUGAAUGAUGGAAGACAUCUUUCAUACAUUGAAAAAGGCGUCUUGCAGGAGAAGGCGAGACACAAAGUCAUAUUUAUUCAUGGAUUCGAUUGCUGUAAGCAUGAUGUACUUCCUAUUUCGCAGGAAAUGCUCGAUGAAUUGGGAGUAUAUUUGCUGUCUUUUGACAGAGCUGGUUACGGGGAGAGUGAUCCAAAUCCAAAGAUGUCAGUGAAAACCAUUGCUGAAGAUGUUGAGGAACUCGCUGAUAAGAUGGCAUUAGGUCCUAAGUUCUAUCUCAUGGGAUUUUCCAUGGGUGGAGCGUAUAUCUGGAGCUGCCUAAAAUUUAUACCUCACCGGCUUGCAGGCGCCGCACUUGUUUCUCCAGGUUCUAACUAUUGGUGGCCCAAUUUCCCUAAUAACUUAUCUAGUGAUGCUUAUAGCAGACAGCUUGCUCAAGACCAGUGGGCAAUUCGUGUUGCUCAUUAUCUGCCCUCUUUAACUUAUUGGUGGAACACCCAGAAAUGGUUUCCUUCCUUCAGCGUGAUAGCAGAAAGCACGGACGUCUUAUCAGAGAAAGACAAAGAGCUUUUACCCAAGAUAUUAGCUAGAAAACAGUACCAGAAGGCACUGAUCAGGCAGCAAGGAGAGUUCUACUCUAUCCACCACGACUUGAUUGUGUGCUUCGGCAAUUGGGAAUUCGACCCAAUGGAUUUUAAAAACCCAUUUCCCAACAGCGAGGGCUCCAUCCACCUAUGGCAUGGCGCUCUGGAUCUAGUCGUGAAUGUAUCUCUUUCUCGUUACAUCAGCGAAAAGCUUCCUUGGGUUCACUACCAUGAAAUACCAGAUGGAGGUCAUAUGUUCCCACAUGCUGAUGGAAUGAGUGAUGCCAUUAUGAAGGUGCUGGUGCUUGGAGAUCAAUAAUUCAGGUGCAAAAUUAGUUGAGUUUGAUUUCCACAUAGCUUAUGUGAGCAAAUUUUGAGCUUUUGAUUUGAUUAUAUGAUUUUAUUUUUGCAUGAGGAAUUAGUAUUAGUUUGUGGUUCUACUUCUUUAAAGAUUGCUUAUGUAUGAGAUCAUGAUUUAUGCUAUAGUUUGGGUCUUUCUUUUUCUCAUUUG